AAGAAAUUACAGAAAUGAAUUUGAUCCCCCUUAUCUGCUACCUGUGUCUCAGGUAUAAAGUCAUAAAAUCCGCGAAAUUACUUGUAUAAAUAAGACAUUGGCACUGAGAACCAGUAUCAGUUUUCAAAAGACUAUCCUACCGAAAAGAGCUAUCAGCACUCUCAAACAUAUAAGCAGUAUGUCAGCAUUCACCUGCACACAGUUCCUGAACCUGAAUUCAAAGGAUGUUUCGUCGAUGUCUACCACCGUCACCUUAAACGCAGCCUGCUUUGGACGGGGCGACUUGAACUUAUUUAUUGAGAGUCUAGAAACCAUAUCUCGCCUGGAAAAGGAGAGGCACGAGCGGCGCCAGCUUCGGCGCGAGCAAAGACUACAUCAGGCGCGAAUGACGGCGUUGGCGGAUGAACGAUGCUCCAGUCCGACACCCACAGCCGAGGAAGCCGUAGACGAACCGCUCUUAUAUCUGGAGGCAAAGUGCAUACCUUAUGCUGUAUCUGACCAUCUGGUUGCACAGAGCGACAGCACACCUUGUCCCGAAUACCAAAUGUGUGACGACGAAGCGUACGGAAGUGUUUCGUAUUCAGCGCGCAGCAGCGUCACCUACUGUAGCUGCGUUGGAAUCUCCUCCCUGGAUUCGGACUCCGGAGAAUCUGAAGCUAAGUGGGUACCGUUAGUGCAUCCGAGCUCCCAGGCUGUAACGCGGAAUAAAUGUAGUUCAACGCGAUCCCGCAUAAUUAACUUUGUGUUAAAGAGAAAUGAUGCUAAGCCCACUUUCGCCAAGCAUCUGCAACAACAGGGACAUAGCGACACGUUAUCUAGCGAGAACAUCGGUCACCAGUUACCGCGGCUUACUACUAGUCAAAAAAGGUCGGCUGAGCAUAGUUUUCUGGAUAAGGCUCUUCGAUAUCUUACAUUAUAAUAUGCUUCUUUAUAUAAUAAUUAUGCUGUAGGUUUGUUUAUAAAACAUUUAAAUCUAUUAAAGUUAAUUGCCACAAGCUUAAAAUCAUUAUGACAUUACAUUAGCUUAACAAGUAGUACGGGCUUUGAAUAAGGUUAAAGUCAGUGGCCAAAAUCGGCCAGCUACAGAUUUGUAGGUCCCGAGCAGGGGCUAGAAAUUGCUCUUGAUCUUUCAAAUAGAUCUCUGCUAUAACAAACAGUACGUUAACCGCAAUCUGCCUUUCAGCAAAUCGGGGGCCUUUUCCAAUUUUUAACUUUUGAAAGAUUUACACGGAUUUUAAUUUCUCAAAUAUGUUCCGAUACUUACUUCCAAUUAAAACGUCACGUAACCAUAAUUCCUUCAGCUUACUCUAUUAAGCUAAUACUUUUGACGAGAAAAAAAACAAGUGUCGAUCGCACCGAUCUUCGAAGUCGAUCUUCACUUUCGAUAUCAACUUUUGGGCACUUGACUUCAUAGAUUUUAGGCUAGCGGGUUUUUAGAAAUUUGCUGUUUAUAUAAUUUAUUUGCAUAAUAUAAUUGUUUGCAUAAUUUAAAUAAAUAGUGUGCUGAUGCGCUAGAGCAAAAUGUAUAACUCAAAAGGGGUUAGUUGUUUUGAAUUGGCGGAAGAAGCAGUAUAAAUUUAUUGUUUCUCCACAAACAAAUAUUUAGAAAUGAUGUGCCAAUCGAUGUGUAUUUUCAAGAAGAAGUUUGUAAAUAGUGAGUAAUGUUAUUCCCACCAG